AUGCUGUCACGUCGUAUAUUUCGGCAGCUCACAGAUAGCUUGCUACUGGAGUCUUCCCAUCAUCCAGUAGCGCCAGCGUGUUUUGCCUUGAGACACGCGACUCGUGACUCUCACCAAUCCAGUCACAGGCUCUCAGAUCGGCGUGCAUCCUCAUCUUCAACAAGAUGGAAGUCACGCCAAGGCAGGGACUUCUUCGCCAAAGAAGCCAAAGUGCAAGGCUUGAAGAGUCGCGCUGCAUUCAAGCUGCUUGAACUUAACACCAAGCACAAGCUUUUCCAACCCGGGCAGACUGUCGUCGAUCUCGGUUUUGCACCAGGAUCAUGGUCCCAGGUUGCUGCAGAUCGUACUGCUCCAGAGGGUCGUGUCAUAGGUAUUGACUUGAUACCCGCACAACCCCCGCGAGGCGUCUCCACCAUACAAGGCGACUUCCUGUCACCUGUAAUCCAAGACGAAGUUCGAGCCUAUGUGCGAGAUCCAGACCUGGGCAGACCCAGAAGACAGGUUUCUGGGAAAGCGAGCGAGGGACUUACCGAAGAAGAGCUGGACGACAUGGAACGAGGAUACAUCGAUAUCGAACGACAUGCCCAUCUGGAGGGCGCAGAACUCGAACCAAUUGGACGACCAGCAAAGACAAGUGACAGCGGACAAGAUGCUCCGACGAGGCUCUCGUUGAAGGAGAGGGAUACGCAGCAGGGCAGAGCAGUAGACGUGGUGCUCAGCGACAUGUCAGAACCCUGGGACCAAACGGCCGGCUUCUACAAGAAGAGCCUUAGUGACCCAUAUUUUAGGAUGAUGAACACCAGCGGAAAUGCUUUCAGAGACCACGCCGGCAGCAUGGACUUGUGCAUGGCCGCCCUGACAUUCGCUUUCGAUACGCUCAAGACUGGCGGCCACUUCCUCUGCAAGUACUACAAAGGAUCGGAGGAAAAGACAUUCGAGACAAAGCUGAAGCGUCUCUUCGCCAAGGUGUACAGGGAGAAGCCGGAAUCCUCUCGCGCUGAAUCUAAAGAGGCGUACUUUGUGGCACUGCGCCGCAAAGAGACACCGACGAAGGAGGAGGUCUUUGGAGAAUAA